GGAAGCACUAUGACCUUUCACAAAAUCAGCUACAGAAUAAAAGUUAAGACUGGCUACAUAGGUUUCCGAAAAGAAAUUAAUAAAAUGGUUCUGAAAGAUGUCAGUGGUGUCAUGAAACCUGGCCUCAAUGCCAUUUUAGGACCUACUGGCUGUGGCAAAUCUUCGCUAUUGGAUAUCCUAGCUACAAGGAAAGAUCCUGCAGGACUGUCUGGAGAUAUUUUGAUAAAUGGCUACCAGCUGCCCCCACAUUUUAAAUGUAUUUCUGGAUAUGUAGUACAGGAUGACAUAGUGAUGGGAACUCUCACUGUCAGAGAAAACUUAGAAUUCUCAGCAGCCCUUCGGCUUCCUUUAACAAUGUCCUCAAAGGAAAAGCGGGAGAGAGUUGAACAGGUCCUCAAGGAACUGGACUUAGCUAAAGUUGCAGAUAUAAAGGUUGGCACCCAUUUAACGCGCGGAGUUUCUGGAGGAGAAAGGAAAAGGACCAGCAUUGGGCUAGAGCUGAUAACGCACCCGACUGUACUGUUCUUAGAUGAACCAACAACCGGACUGGAUGCCAGCACAGCCAAUGCUGUCCUCCUGCUCUUGAGAAAGAUGGCAGAUCAAGGGAGAACAAUAAUUUUUUCAAUCCAUCAGCCGCGGUACUCUAUUUUCAAAUUAUUCAACAGCUUGACACUUCUUGCUGCUGGAAGGCUUGUAUAUCAUGGACCUGCUGAGAACACACUUGAGUAUUUCAAAACUCUAGGUUUUGUAUGUGAACCAUAUAACAACCCUGCUGAUUUUUUUCUGGAUAUCAUCAACGGAGAUUCAUUUGCUGUUGAAAUGCAUAAAAUUUCCAUAGACACUAUAGACAUUGAAGGAACUACCAGAGAGCAUGAGACCAUUGCGGAAAGAUUAGCUGCAAGGUUUGCUCAGUGUAAUUUCUACAAAACCAUGAGAGAAGAACUGGAUUUUUUGUCUACGGAACAUAAGAAACAGGGUCAAGUUUAUAAAGAGAUUCCAUACACCACUCCCUUUUUGCAUCAGCUCAAAUGGGUGUGCAAACGCACAUUUAAAAAUUUGAUAGGCAAUCCACAGAGUUCCACUGCUCAGCUAGCUAUUGCCACUUGUCUGUCAAUAGUAUUUGGAGCCGUUUAUGCUGGAGUUAAAAAUGAUAGGUCUGGCAUUCAAAAUAGAGUUGGCGCUUUCUUCUUUUUGACGACCAAUCAGUGUUUGAAUAGUAUUACGACUGUUGAACUAUUUAUCACGGAAAAAAGGAUAUUUAUACAUGAAUAUAUAAGUGGCUACUAUAGAGUUUCUGCAUUUUUCUUCUCAAAGAUACUAGCUGACAUGGUGCCCAUGAGGACUCUGCCAGGCAUCAUCCUCACCUCCUUAAAUUACUUCAUAAUAGGUUUCAAGCCAACUGUGACAGCCUUCUUUAUCAUGACGAUCACGAUUAUAUUAGUCGCCUACGCAGCCAGUUCCCUGGCUCUAGCAAUAGCAACAGGACAAGAUGUCACAUCAGUUGCAAAUCUCCUCAUAAAUAUUUGCUUUGUGUUUAUGAUUGUUUUUUCUGGCUUGCUGGUAAACCUCAAAACCAUUUCGUCUGGGUUGCUGUGGCUCAAGUGGUUCAGCAUUCCUCGCUAUGGCCUCAAUGCAUUGCUAAUCAAUGAAUUUACUGGGCUCAAGUUUUGCAGGGAGCUCCCAGAAGGAUACAAUAUGACACUCGUCCGACCUUCUUUUUUUCUUAGAUGCACUGGAGAGCAAUAUCUGGAGACUCAAGGCAUCGAUCCAUCUACCUGGAGUUUGCUCCAGAAUUACAUUGCACUUAUAGUCAUGACAAUCAUUUUCCUGACAAUGGCAUACCUGAAAUUGAGAUUUCUAAAGAAGUACACUUAAACAAGUAGGGUGGCUGCAAUGUACUGUUAUAGUAAACA